AUGUUAAGACACACCCUGAGGGUGUGUCUAGACAUGCCCCAUUUUGCUGCGGUUUGCUUUGCCCAAAGAAGUGAUUUGGCGUGCUAUGAGUGGCUCCUACGUUUUAAUUUAUGUGUUUAA